AGAGACUAAACAAGAAAGAUGAUGAAUGAGUAAGGUGGGAUCCAACAAGACGGUAGUAAAGAAUGAAAUAAUUUAAUAAUUAUUUUUUUUCUAAGCUCAGUAGAAAAAUUCAAUGAAGGAAGGCAAAAGCUUAACCACUGGGUACAUUUAUGAUUGAUUCUUAAUGAUUAAUUACUUGAAGACUAUAACUUUGGAUCUCAUCCAUCAUAGAAAUGGAAAAAAGUGAUGAACCUGAACAGCCUAUCUCUUUAGGGAGGCAGGAACUUAGAAGGAGAAGACGACCCAGCCAACCAAUGGUAGACAAGUCCCAGCAAACUGAUGCAACAGAAAAAAAGAAACCCAUGAAUGUAGUACAACCUCCUGCCCCCAAAGCUACCACCAGUAUUGGUAAUAUUUCUGGAAACAAAAGCAACUACUCUGCAAAAGAACAUGAGCCUCUUAGACUGUCUUCUCAACUUCAGCAAACUUGGAUAAAGAGAAAGCGUGGCAUGGAAAUGACUGAUAAAUCUCUGCAGACAGACACUCCUGUAGAAGAAAAAGUGAAAGUCAUAUUGACUGAUAAAACAAUUACCCUUGAAGAAACCCAAGCUGGUGUUGGAGAAACACCUGCAUUGCCACAGAGUGUUCCAGAAGUAGAGAUUCCAACAACCAGACCCACAACUCAGUUAAUAGACAGAUCUCAGCAGACCAGCUGUAUUGGUGACUGGAGUCUGUUGAACAUUUGCCCAAAAGAUAAAGUGGACAAAGAACAACAGACGUACUUAAGUGAGUUAGAAAUUGCUAUUAUGUCUAUGCCAAGUAGUUCCCUGAUUAAGGCAAAGGAGGAAACAAUACCUGUUGCACAAGAGGGUUCCUUGUUUGACGUAAAUGAUUCUCUUGAAACAGAGGUACUGUCAACUGAAAAAGUCCCUGAUGCCAAGAUGCCUUUUACUGCAGAGAAGUUGUCUGAUGAAAUCCAGGCUCCACCAGGUGAUGUGCUUUCUUCUGAAGAAACUCCUAUUGAUGAUAGUGUUCUGUCAGUGCAAGGGGCUCCUUCAGAUGUGACUCAUGAUCAACAGAUUCCCCAAGUAGCUGAAGUGACUCCUUCAGAACUUCCUACUGAAAUUACGGUUCCAAUCAUAGAAGAAACACCUGUGAAAGCCCAAAGUUCUCCAAUUCAGACUGGCAAGGUAAAGCCUGCUACUGCUGAAGAGUCCACUGAUGUAGUUCAUCCUCCACCAUCUGAGGAGGCUUCUAAAGAAGUACCUGUGGAAGUAAUGUCACCACUAGAUAAGCAAGCAGUAGAAGAUGUCUCUAAAGAAAUUGUUAUGGUACUAGCUGAGGAAUUUCCUGUAGAAGAAGUCUUUGAGAGAGGUCAAUCUCUAUCAAUUGAAGAAGUCCCUGCAGAUAAGGCUACUGCAGAAGCUCUGCCACCACCAACUGAGGGUGCCCCAACAGAAGAUAUCCCUGCAGAAGUUCAACCUCCACCAACUGAGGAGACCCCUGCAGAAGUUCAACCUCCACCAGCUGAGAAGACUCCUGCAGAAGUUCAACCUCCUCCAGCUGAGAAGACUCCUGCAGAAGUUCAACCUCCACCAGAUGAGAAGACUCCUGCAGAAGUUCAAUCUCCUCUAGCUGAGGAGACCCCUGCAGAAGUUCAGCCUCCACCAGCUGAGGAGAUUCCUGAAGAAGUUGAACCUCCUCCAGCUGUGGAGACCCCUGCAGACGUUCAACCUCCACCAGCUGAGAAGACUCCUGCAGAAGUUCAACCUCCUCCAGCUGAGGAGACUCCUGCAGAAGUUCAACCUCCUCCAGCUGAGGAGACCCCUGCAGAAGUUCAACCUUCUCCAGCUGAGGAGACCCCUGCAGAAGUUGAACCUCCUCCAGCUGAGGAGACCCCUGCAGAAGUUCAACCACCAGCUGAGGAGACCUCUGCAGAAGUUCAACCUUCUCCAGCUAAGGAAACCCCUGCAGAAUUUCAACCUCCACCAGCUGAGGAGACCGCUGCAGAAGUUGAACCUCCACCAAAUGAGGAGACCUAUGCAGAAGUUGAACCUCCACAAGCUGAGGAGAUCCCUGAAGAUGUUCAACCUCCACCUGCUGAGGAGACCCCUGCAGAAGUUCAACCUCCACCAGAUGAAUUCCAGCUUCAUCAACUGAGGAGGAUCUCAAAGAAGUUCAACCUCCAUCUCUUGAGGGGGGCCCCUGCUGAAGUUCAGCCUUUACCACCUGAGACUCCUGCAGAAGAGUCUCCUGUUGUUAAACAGAUUUCCAAAACUGAUGUGGUUCCUAUUAAAGAGUUUCCAAUGUAAGAGACACCUGCUAGAGAUCAAAUUCUACCUUUUGAACAAGCCCCUGAAGAUAAGGCUCUACUAAAAGAGCAUCAGUUGUCCCCAGUAGCAGGAGUCAAAGAAUUUGAAUGUUCUGCUUUGACAGGUAAUAGAAACCCUGAAGAAACAGAUCCUAUUCCUGCAGAUGUGUCUAGGACCAAGGAUGAGCCGAUCUUCACUUUCAAAAUAGAAGGUCUUUGAUGAAGGUUCAUCCUCUUUUCAACUUCUGCAGUCCCAGGCCUGCCUAACGUUGAAAUAAAGGAGCCACAGGGGAUUUUGAUAAACCACCAUUCUUGGAUAAAAUGC